GCAUUUCUGAUCCCAUUCGCUGCUCACAGCAGGGCCUGUUCUGAGUGGCCAUGAUUGGGUACCAUGAUGCCUCAAGUGCCCUUAUCCUCCUGGUUCUCCUGACAGGGGCUUCCUUGCUCCAUCUAUCAACCCCCAAUCCGAUCAACACCCCUGAAGAUGUCAAUAAACCACACAGAGAUACUCCUCCUGGGGUGAUGGUGUCAGGGGAUGGGCAAAGGAUGGAUGAGGAGAGGCGAUCUUUACGAAAAGAAGAGGCAGAGGAAGAAGAGGAGCUUUUUAAAGAUGUGGAUCCCAAAACACUAGCAUCAGUUUUACUGGAGGCCCUGAAUCGCUCACAAGUAGAGAGAAGGAGGGAGGGAGAGGAGCACGAUGGCAUGGAAGAAGGGAUGAAUGCUGAGAGAGGGGAGGUUAAAAAAGAAGAGACGUACAGAGAAGUGAGAAUUAUGGAGGGAGCAGACCGUGACAGAGAUGGACGACAGGAGUUAGAGCUGCUGAUGGCUGCACAGGGAAAGGAGCGGGAGAGACAGGAGGAAGAAGAGAGGAAGAAAGCUCAGGAAGAAGAGGAAAGGUUGACAGAGAAGGUGACCAGUCGUACCACAAGUCAGACAGUCCGGGUCCAAACAGCGCAGCAGCCCGCUAGUCCAGAAGGAGGAGGAGAGAAUGGGCAGGGUGCUUCCCCCCAGCAGGGACCAAACAGCAAUGAGGAGGAGGAGCAGCUCAGCCCCGAGGAGCUAAAGAGCCUCGAGACUAUGAUGAAGGAGUUUCCUCGUUUGAACACCGCCACUAAGAGGGAGGGAGAUUCAGAGCAAAACCAGAGAGAGAGCAGAGGUUACAACAGCUACAAUGACAUUAUACCCAUCAACAAAGGCAGUGACCUUGCCAUUUCUAAGAAGAAACUGAAAUGGCAAGAGGAGACACAGAAAGCCCUGAACACUCCAACAUUCAGGGGCGGCAAUUUUAUGGACGACAGUAAUUAUGCUGGCAGUAAUGCCGCACAGUCCCAGCCUCCAGCAGAGCAGGAGGUAAUGGAAGAUGAUGAACCAGAAGAGGAGGAUGACGAAGACGAGGAGGUGUUGAGUCCUGAGGAGGAGGAGGCUCGGGCUAAAGCAGAGCAGGAGGAGAUGAGGAGGCAGGCGGUCGAGGCACAGAGAGCAAAGAUGGAGGAGGAGAAGUUGGCUGACAUUGCCUCAGACAUGCUGCUGCGCUACAUGGUCAAACAGAAUAACGGGAACAAGAAGUACAGCUCAUCUCUGUCCAAUGCCAUAGAGGACAAGAGGUCUGAUGAGGAGCAGGAGGUGACAGAGGAGGAUGAUAUUGAUCCCCAGACCAUCGACAAGCUGAUUGAGAUCUCCAGCAAGCUCCACCUCCCUGCAGACGAUGUGGUAGAUAUAAUUAGUGAUGUGGAGAAGAAGAAGAAGAAAGACGUGCCGCCUGAGAUGAUGUCUCAUUGGCAACAACCUCUAACACCGCUGUCUUCUUCAUUCUCAUCCCCCAAUGGUUUCCCAGCAUCGCCGGUUUCAACCAAUCAAAAUAGCUUCCCCAUAUCUAAACAACCCUCUCCAGCUGUCAAUCUCCUUAAAACAUGGUUUAAGGAGAAAUCUCCAAAAAAAACGCAGGAUCUCUGGAGGAAACUUGAGAAGCCUCUGCUGGCCAAUCAAAAGGUCUGGCCAAAACCUCAGAAGCCUCUGUCAAUCAAACAGAAACUCUGGCUCAAAUCCCCCAAGUCUGUCUGGACUGGCAAUCCCUUUUACCCCUACACAUAUCCAUCUUACUACCAGAGGAGGCCCUAUCCAGACUACCAUCCUAUCUAUUUUCCUCCUCCCCAGCGACACAGACCCCAUUACUACGUGCCCAAACCCACUCACACCCUCAACAACUUCCUGGGAAAUUCAGUGGAUGACCCCUACACUUUGCCUCUCAGACGCCGUUACCAUAGCUGGGUCCAACCCCGGCUGAGAAAAGCCCCUGCAACACUCCAGCAGAAGCCUUACUACACCAGCUACCCUGUUCCGCUGUACCCACAGACAUUUCAGCCAGUAGCCAUCCCCAAACCACGUUUUCCUGUCCGAAUGCCUGUGAUCCCUCCUCAACAGAAGCAGUAUUAUUACUCAGCCCUAGCACCUGCAGUGACGAGAAAUGAAGAUUAUUAUGUGGCUGGAAAGCAGCCAGACAGUAGUAAACGUGACGAUCUGGAGAAAUACAUACAGCAGAUGCUCAUGAAGGGACCACAAAUAUUGGACUGAAAGGGAGAUGAAAUGAGAGCAAAAAUAGAGGAAAUGGCAAAGAGGAGAGAUGAGCAGAAGGAGUGCAUUUCUUUAUGAUUUCGUUUUGCUGGUAUUUGGUCUUGUUUUACGUAUGUUCUGUUCUCCUAUUUUGAUUGGUAGUGAUUUGGACAUAACAGAGGACUUUUUUUUCCAGAGGUAGUCUGGAUGAAAUGGAACUUUGGAGGAAAGAUACACAUCUACAGUCCUGCAGAGGUGGGAAAUCAGGAUGAAUGCGGUCUUUUGGAAAGCAGAAUGCGGCAAAGAUUUGUAUCAUGCUAGAAUUUUUCAUCCAAACUCCUGACACAAGAACAUUCUCCAUUUGGACAUUUUACAAUGCCAACAAAGGAGGACGCUUAAAUAUGUUACCUGUAUCUUUAAAAGUCUCCUUCAGAAUCAGAGUGACAGUUGGAUGGAUCGUAGGCAGUGAUGGAUGCUGGUAAACGUUUGAUGGCUGAUGGAAGUUUUACUGUCUAAACACAAAAAGAACAUUUGUGUAAUUAUCUCAGGCAGGUAAAUUUUAAUAAUAUUUCAUAAACAUAAUCUCUCAGAAGUGACAUACACUAUAUGGCCAAAAGUAUGUGGACCCCCAAACAUUCCAGCCAUAUGUGAUAGUUAAUCUUGUGAUUCCAAACCAUGGGCAUUAAUGUGCUGCUGUAACAGCCUCCACUCUUCUAGUUUCCACCAAAUGUUGGAAUCUGGCAGCAGGGAUGAUCUCCCAUUCGACACAAGAGCAUUAGUGUUAGCAUUCCAGUUAAUGACAAAGGUGAUGAGUUUUAGGUCAGGGUUGUGUGCAGUUCUUCCGCACCAAACUGGGAAAACCAUUUCUUUAUAAAGCUGUGUUUGUGAAAGGGGCAUUGUCAUGUUGAAACAGGAAUGAGCCAAACACAAACUAGCUAAACAGGAAAAAACAGAAAAAACAAUCCCAGACCCCAGGGUGUCCACAUACUUUUGGCCACAUAGUCUUAAAGAUGAAAUCAAGAUCAUCAUCUGGAAUAGCUCCAUGCUGAAACCAUUAGCUAGACUUAUCUCAUCUUUUAAACUAAAUACAUUUUUAUUCAAAUGUAUCACUAUUGUGUUUUUUUUGUUUCAAAAAAUGAAAUUUUCAGCAGAGCAGCACAUUAUCAUUAUGUAUACUCACACAUACCCACCAAAGCUCUUUAUAAUAAAAUAUAAUGCACCAAAAAGCAUAUUUCAUAACAGAGCUGUGGAAGCCACACUAAUACCGCUAUAAUGGCUUGGAUGACUCAUCCUUUUGCAUAACUUCAAUUACCUUGUUGCUAUGGUGCCAAACCCUGGCCAAACUCUAUAUGGCAUUCUUUUACAGUUGAUGCCUUUAGAGAAGGAUGCAAUGGUGGAGGCAUACUGUUCUUUUACUAAACACAUUUAUGUUGACAAGGAUAGGUGUUAUUCUAUUUUUUUUUAAACAAAUUCCAUGAAAAGACCAAACCAUAGUUUUUUUUAUCAAACAUUACUCAAAUGGGAGGAAAGCCCUGCAUCCCACUGCUUACAGCGUGAUUAAUUCAAAUAGUGUCAAAUUUAACACAUUAAUUUCGAUUAAUUUUAAAAAUAGCAUGUUAAAAAAUG